AUGGUGGCACAGGUCCACCCCGCCGAGUUCGUCGUCUUUGGUGGUCUAAUGGUGAUCAACCUUGGUGUCGGCCUGUACUUCGCCAUGCGCAAUACGCAUCUCGACGCGGGUACGGAGGAAGUGUUCCUGGGAAGUCGCUCACUUGGCGCCAUUCCUCUGUCCCUCUCUGUGCUGGCAACCAUGGUGACGGCUAUUGGCAUCGUGGGCUUCACAACCCACUUCUACGUGUACGGACUCCACUUGAUCUGGGGUUCCAUCACUGUGCUCGUCGUGGUACCUUUCAUUGCGAAGGUUGUCAUCCCGGUCAUCUACAACCUCAAGGUCACGUCUGUGUUCCAGUACUUAAGGAUGCGCUUUGGCAACAAGGUCGGAAUAACUGCCUGCGUCUUCUAUUUCCUCCUAAACCAAGUUCAAGGAGCAGUGGGAAUCUUCGCGGCCGCAGUCGCGAUAUCCACGUCUUUCCGCGUGUCAUUGGUUGGGAGUACGCUGGCGAUAGGAGCUGCAGGAACUGUGUAUACUGCCCUGGGUGGCCUUCGGGGUGUGGUCUGGACAGACUCUAUGCAGGGAAUCCUCGUUUUAAUAUGCCCUAUCACCAUCAUCGUCAAGAUCAUCUACGACUCGUUCUACGACCCAGAGAUCCGCUUGCGCCCUCUUAGUGACCUCAACAUUAAACCAUACCUAUUCGAGGCCAGCUUGGAUUUCACUAACGACGAGAACGUCUGGGCGUCCCUGAUUGCUGUGAGCUGUUCACACUUCUACCGCAUGGGCAUGGACCAGAUUGUUGUGCAACGGUACGCAGCAGCAAGGACGCUACAAGAAGCUCAAACGACGGCGUACGUGGGAACCAUCCUCCUCGUGAUUUCCUACAUUUUUCUUGGAUCUGUGGCAAUAUCCCUGGUGUACUGGUACCGGGACUGCGACCCUCUCCUUGCGGGACUCAUCACCAAAAUAGAACAGUUAAUUCCGCACUAUCUGGACAAGAGGCUGGCCGGAUUUCCUGGUUUCUCCGGACUUUUCCUGGCUGGCGUCGUCAGUGCUACGUUGAGCACAGUCUCAUCUGUCAUAAACUCACUGGCAGCAUCAUUCUACAUCGAUAUUCUUUCGCCUUUCAAACACCUCACCGAUAGGUACGUGGAUGUUAUUACCAAGAGUAUAGCAUUCGCUUUUGGCGCAAUAAUGACGGCCAUCGCAAUCGCGAUCCCUUACUUGGGUCCUGCAAUUCGGGUCUUCAUGGUGGUCUAUGGCAGUAUUUCUGGGCCAUUUGUAGGGCUGUACCUGCUCGCCCUGGCAUUUCCUUGGGUGAACGCUAAGGGCGCGGCUGUGUCCGCCAUUUUUACCAUGGCCUUGCAGAUUUGGGCCGUGGCCGGAAAACUUGAGGCGGGCAUCCACCCUCCCCGAAUGCCCGUCACUCUAGACUACUGCCCCAAAAACAUCACGGCCGAGAUGAUCCUCAAAUCGACGUCCACUUUGUCGACACCGGAUGUCCACGGAACAAAACCACUGUUUCUGCUUCACCGGCUCUCUUCGAACUGGAGUGGCUUUUUUGCGAUGCUUUUGACUAUCGUAGUCGGCCUCGGGGUUAGCACUCUUACAGGCGAAAAGCGAUACGCGGGUAAGAACGUCCACCUCACUAGUGGUGUCUUUCUCAAACUCUGGAAGAAAAUGCGCCUUCUGUCGGACUUUAAUGCAGAGGAACAGCCAGGAGGAAACUGCGUGGGCGAGGAACUUCAGGUCUUCACGGUGACCGGUCACAUAACACCAUAAAGAAACCAUACGAAACAGAACCGAUAGGAAAGUGUUAGAAAUACGAGCCACAAUAGGUUCCGGAUCUAGCGAUGAACCUACGCAGGGCAGAAGUUCUCGCCAGUUCAAUCAGAUACGGGCUCCACUUACCGUAGUACUGUAUCCUUAAUCCCAUUUUUUUUUUAUCCUUUUCCUAUUUGUUACAGUACAAGCCUUUGGCUGUCCUUCUCUUCCUGCCGCCUUUAAUUUCCGAAUCAGUACGUCGCCCGAACGCCGUCCAAGGCGUACGGCACCCCGGUAAGAUUCUCCGGCCAGGAAAGGUCUCAGGAAUUUAGGACCAUUACUCCGACCGGUGCAUGGAACUGUCGUCCUAUUUUAAAGGGAUUCUGAACCGAAAUAUAUAUUUCGUAAA